GUUUUACUUUAUAUGAACGAUGUUUUGCAAUAAAAAGGAAAAUAAACUCAAAGAUGACAAAGGACAAUUUAUUAGGAAAUAGAUAAAGGUAUAACUCUGCAACAAUAACAAAAACCCACAGGAGGACAUCAUUACCGUAGAAACAUGUAUGAUUGCAUGAAGGUAACCCUACUUCGUGUACAACCAGUGAAGUGAAAAAAUGUGCUCCAUUUGUAUACAACGAAUCAAAGAGCAUUCUGCUGUCAUGUAUACCUGAUGAGAAUUGAAAAAAAAAAACCCACAGGAAACCAAGUGGCCUUCUGUCAGUAGCCCAUAGGACAACCAUGAGGUCCUUAUGAAAGCCAGAAGGACGCCGGUCAGUGUUGGAUUAGCUGCUACUCGAUCCAGUCCAUGUCCACGUCUACCAACCAGCCUUCCAGCACAGGGCCGCAUGGCUCAAGCUAGUAGGGAACACUGUGGGGUCCUGAGACGCCUGCCUUCCGCCAAUCAGAAAGCGGGCGCAAGGCCCCACCCACGCCACGGCCAAUCGGAGUCAAUGCCAGGCCACGCCCAAGCCACGGCCAAUCAGAGGGCCAAUGCUAGGUCCCGCCCUAGCCACCCGCAGCUGACCCUAACCUUAACCCCGCCCGGCGGGCCCAGGCGCGGGCCGGACUUCGGCCCUAAGUAGACCUCGGGGUGGUCACCGCGAUGGGCCCGGAAAGAGCUGCCCACAGCAGGUCCCCCGAGGUCGCGCCGCCGACGUUCACGCUCGUCGCCCCCGCGCUCUUCCUCGGAAACGCGCGCGCCGCGGGCGCCACGGAACUGCUGCAGCGCUCGGGUAUCACGUUGUGUGUCAACGUCUCCCGCCUGCAGCCCGGCCCAAGCGCGCCCGGAGUGGCCGAGCUGCGGGUGCCCGUUUUCGACGACCCGCACGAGGACCUGCUGGUGCACCUGGAGCCCACCUGUGCCGCCAUGGAGGCCGCGGUGCGCGCCGGUGGCGCCUGCCUGGUCUAUUGCAAGAACGGUCGCAGCCGCUCAGCCGCGGUCUGCACUGCCUACCUCAUGCGGUACCGCGGCCUCUCCCUGGAACGGGCCUUUCAGACUGUCAAGAUCGCCCGCCCGGUAGCCGAACCCAAUCCGGGUUUCUGGUGUCAGCUCGAGAAGUACGAGCAGAUCAUCCAGGCCCAGGCCCGUCAGGCCCACGAGGUCCACCAGCCC